ACUCUCACUUCUUCCGCCUGCUUCUUGCGCAAUGUCUGUCCACGAGCUUUACGCCCAGAACAAUGAGAAGUAUGCUGCGGCGUUCGACAAGGGCUCGCUGCCCAUGCCACCUGCGAAGCAUGUUGCGAUAGUGACGUGCAUGGAUGCACGCGUCGAGCCUGCGUCGCAGCUAGGCAUCAACUUGGGCGAUGCGCAUGUCAUUCGCAACGCAGGCGGCCGAGCGCAGGAUGCCAUCCGCAACUUGAUCAUAUCUCAACGCUUGCUGGGAACACGAGAAAUCAUCGUCUUCCACCACACAGACUGCGGAAUGUUGACCUUCACGACGGAUCAGCUCAAGCAGAUCGUGAAGGACGCCUCGCCUGGAGACUCUGCAGUGGCCUCGGCAGUCGACAAGUUCGACUCGUUCCUCGACUUCAAGGACUUGGAGGGCUCUGUGCGGGAGGACGUCGACUUCUUGAAGAGUCAUCCGUUGAUCCUCAAGGAUACGCCGGUAACCGGCUGGAUAUACGACGUCAAAUCAGGGAAGAUUUUGCGUGUUGUGUAGUCGAGUCGCCUUAGUCAAGAUGUAGCGAAUCUUGUAUCAUAAUCAAAUAUCCCUAAGGAUGCGUCCGUCAGUUUUCGUCAAGCCUCGAGCGCGGAACAAAGGCAAAACCAUGUCACAUGCGUGGUCGGGAAGUUCAACCUGGCCACGUGAAAAUCACGGCUUUCGGUCUGCAGUGGGUGUCCUGGGCCAACUCGUAGGCAAGGCCGCA